CCUGCUAUAUGUAGUCAUGUGCCCGUUCCCUCUCUUAAAACAACCCUAAAACCCAUCUUCCUCCUCCGUUCGCCACCUCUCUUCUGUAUUUCGCGGCUACCCUCUCUUUCCAAUCUCGAAAAUUUCAUCUUCACCUCAUUUAACCGCCAUCGCUUCUCCCUCUUAUACCUCUCCUUUCGCCGAGACCAGAUUGUAAGGAGCUUUACGAUUCUCAUCCUGACUGUGUUCUAUUCUCCUUAAACAUGGAGGAACAUCAAGCUAGUCAACAAAUUUCAAAGGUCUUUCCAAUCAAACCGAAGCUCAAACCGAAGCCAAGAACCCAAUCGCAGACCUCAGAGUCGAAGUACUGGUCAUCCUUCAAAUCCCACCAAAUCCCUGACUUAAUUUCAUCAAUCGCUUCUCUCUCCUUCUCUCCCGUUUACCCCCAUGUCUUCGCCGCCGCUCACUCCGCUUCUCUCACCUUUUACUCUUCACAGACGUUCUCUUCCGCUUCUUCCAUCUCCUCAUUCUCCGACGUCGUUUCCUCCACCUCCUUCCGCUCCGACGGCGCCCUCAUCGCCGCUUCCGACGUCUCCGGGCUUGUUCAGGUCUUCGACGUCAAGACCCGAACUCCUCUCCGGCGUCUCCGUUCCCACACUCGCGCUGUGCGAUUCGUGAAAUACCCACUUCUAGAUAAGCUCCACUUGGUCUCCGGCGGCGAUGACGCGGUGGUCAAGUACUGGGAUGUUGCUGGGGAGAGCGUCGUUCUGGAUUUGCUGGGUCAUAAGGAUUACGUUCGAUGCGGUGAUUGCUCCCCUGUUAACGGUGACAUGUUUAUCACCGGGUCUUAUGAUCACACAGUGAAGGUCUGGGACGUUAGAGUCGAGAAUUCGAAGUCGGUCAUGGAGGUAAACCACGGGAAGCCUGUCGAGGAUGUCAUUUUCUUGCCGUCCGGCGGGUUAGUUGCGACCGCCGGAGGGAAUUCCGUGAAGAUUUGGGAUUUAAUUGGGGGAGGGAAGAUGGUGUUUUCCAUGGAGAGCCAUAACAAGACUGUAACUUCGAUCUGCGUGGGGAGAAUUGGGAAGGAGAGCGGAGAAGAGGCAAUGCAGAAUAGAAUUCUCAGUGUUGCUUUAGAUGGAUACAUGAAAGUUUUCGACUAUGGAAAAAUGAAGGUGACUCACUCCACGAGAUUUCCUGCUCCGCUCAUGUCAGUUGGCUUUUCGCCGGAUUCCAUGACCAGAUUGAUAGGAACCUCCAAAGGAAUCAUCUUUGCAGGGAGGAGGAAGAUGAAGGAAAACGUGGAGACCGGAACUGGAAACUUUUGGCAGUUAACCAACGAAGCAGGCAAGCCAAGGAGACCAUUAAGGCCUACUUAUUUCAGAUACUUCCAUAGAGGGCAGAGUGAGAAACCAUCAAAAGAUGAUUACUUGGUGAUGAGACCAAAGAAAGUGAAAUUAGGGGAGCAUGAUAAAUUAUUGAAGAAGUUCAGACACAAGGAGGCUCUGGUUUCUGUCCUGAGCAAAAAGAACCCAGCUAAUACCGUAGCUGUGAUGGAGGAAUUGGUGGCAAGGAGGAAGCUGUUGAAGUCCAUUUCGAAUAUGGACAACGAAGAGCUUGGCUUACUGUUGAUGUUCUUGCAAAAACAGUCGACCAUGCCAAGGUAUUCUGGUUUGUUAAUGGGGUUAACUAAGAAGGUUCUUGAGUUGCGAGCAGAAGAUAUUGGAGCUUGUGAUGCAUUGAAGGGGCAUGUUAGAAAUCUUAAGAGGUCCAUUGAUGAGGAGAUAAGAAUACAACAGGCCUUGCAGGAGAUAGAAGGGAUAAUCUCUCCAUUGCUGAGAAUUGCAGGAAGAAGAUGAAGUUAAUGGCUUUUUAUAUCUUGGGUUGUUUAUUUCAGUGAACAACUUAGUCGCAGAUAGUAGUUCAAGUAAUCAACUUAGGGUUUAGGACAUGAGAGAAAUUUAAUUAAAGGGUGAAGAGCUGGAGGUCUAUAGGAACUCUUUAUAUUUUCAAGAAGAGAAAGGUCUUCGGCAAAGGAGAUGAAUCUUUCCAGAAAAAAGGAGAUGAAUCUAUAGGAUUUUGAAUAUCCUGCCCACAAAGAAAAGAAUGGCAACCUAUGGGAUUUGUCUAUGUCCUUCAUAAACAAGUCCUUAGCAUACAGGUAGAGAUUUGAUUUCGGGUGAGUUAAGGCCGUGGGAAGAUAUUCUGAUAUGCAAGUCCAGGAAAAAAGCUCAUCCCCUUCAUUCUGUUGGCUAUCUAUCAUUUUAAUAAUCUCCAAAUAAUGGAACAAGGGAACAACUAAGCUGGAUGUUAUGGCCGAAAUUAUAUCUCUUAUGUUUAUAUGAGAAAAGUUGUAUAUCCAUUGAAAAGGCUUCACCAUUUUGUUUUCACCUGUGCCCAAAUUGUAGAUUUCUUAAUCGUUCAUAUGAGUUCUUAAUUGUUGAUUCUCGUUUUCUGACUGCAA